UUCUUCUUCCGGCGGCCGAGCAUCUUCUGAUGCCGUUCCGGACUCUCAGACAUCUCAGAGAGUUUGGAGUCCUCCUCCCGCACCUCACAUGGCUCCACCUCCGCCACCAGCAGCUCAGAUGGCUCCACCUCCUCCACCAGCAGCUCCGCAGGAGCCCAUUCCAGGGGUAGAUGUUCAUCCAGACUUGCGGGUGCCUCCUCAUGCACCAUACGCAAGAUAUACAGUGGAGGAUUUGCUUUCCGCGCCUGGACGGGAGGGUAUGGACGUUUUGGACCCCGAUAGACCGCCGGGUACUUAUUGGUUUGGGGCCAACAACCGUGUUUCCCGGAGCGUUUCAAAGACGAUGAAGGGAUACCUCGACGAGCUUAUCGCUAUCCAAACUGGAGCUUGA